CUUUUCGGGUACCCCUAAAAAGCCACCGCCUGACCGAAACAAAAUCAGGCCGGCCGCUUCUCGCACCGUCGCCGCCGCCGCCUACCCCGCCAAACCUCGCCGUUGGCGUCGGGCACCGCGCGGCGAAGCUGCCGGCGAUGGCUGCCGCGCAGAGGGCGCAGACGCUGCGGGACCUCGCGGAGGAGGGGAAGAAGCGGGCCGUCCUGCUCCUCGUCUUCGCCUUCGGGCUCGCUUUCCUCAUGGCCCUGACAAGCUCUUCAGUAUGGAUUAACCUGCCAUUUGCCACAGCUCUGAUUGCCUUAUUUCGCUACAUAUCACUUGACUAUGACCUCCGUAGAAAGAGCACAACCACCACAGAUCAUGGUGUCAUUCGUCCACUUGUCAAAACAAAAAGUACUGAAUUAAAGAAAAUCCGUCCAACUGAAAAGGAUGGAAAAUCAGAUUGGAGAAGCAAGGUGAAUUCACCUCUAGUUGAAGCAGCAUUUGAACAGUUCACAAGGCACCUUGCCACUGAGUGGGUAACAGAUCUGUGGUACUCCCGUGUAACACCUGACAAGGAAGGUCCAGAGGAACUCAUCACCGUAGUUAAUACUAUCCUCGGAGAGAUUUCAGUUAGGGCAAGAAAUGUUAACCUUACCAGUCUGCUAACCAGGGAUCUGGUUGAUCUUAUAUGCAACAAUUUGGAGCUUUAUCAUUUUUGUCAAGCCAAGAUUGGAAAAGAGAAGUUUGUUAACCUUCCAUCAGAGCGUCGUGAUGCUGAACUGAAACUGACCCUUAUAGCUGAAAACAAGUUGCAUCCUGCCUUAUUUUCAGCCAGUGCCGAAUACAAGGUACUACAAAGCCUUGCUGAUGCUUUGAUCUCAACCACAGUGAAGCCUCAGGAUCUACAGUGCUCUUUCUUCCGAUGUACCACCAGAGAACUUCUUGCUUGUGCAGUUUUGAGACCUGUCGUGAACUUAGCAAAUCCAAGGUUUAUAAAUGAAAGGAUUGAAUCUUUGGCUCUUUCUCGUUACAAUAAUGCGGAGAAAGGAGUUGCAGAAUCCUUGGAGGAUGUUACAACUGUUAAGCAAAGGGAACCUCCUAUGCCCUCUGCAGAUGAAUUUUCUGCACUAAUAGAUGACUCAAGUCCAGGUGUUGAACUCGUUCGAUUUCGUCAGGGUCAAUCCAAAACUGCAUCAGAUAUACAACCCAGUAAAAGUAAAAAUCCAGCUAGUCUAAAACUAGAAUCCCCUGAUCCUUCUUUGAUUAAUAAUUCGCAUCCACUAGAGUCAACCAGUUUACCUUACACUUCCCUUGCUGCUUCAGGUAGUUCGUUACAUCCCAAAAAUAGUGAUAGAGCAGUUACAGAUAGUUUUGGGAGAGAGCGUGCACAGCCUUUGGGAAUCAGCUCCCAACACAAACAUCAAGCUUUAGCACCUGAGCACCUCGAGAAUAUGUGGACAAAGGGAAAGAAUUACAAAUCAGAAAAGGCAAAUCAAGCACCCAUUGGGUCUGCUUCUCUAAGCACCACUUCUUCGGUGCAGCAGUCAGUUCCCUGCAGCACUUCAAUUCGUCAUCAUCCUAGUAUUCCUCAAAGGCAAACAGUUUUAUCUCAUUCUGAGGACCAGCAUUUGAUAAGACACUCGACUACACCUACAUAUUCAAAUGGCACUAAUCACCUGCCAAAAAGCCUAUCUGCAGAAAUGGCAGAGCAUGCCGGCCCAGAAGACUUUGGAGUAGAGAGUGAGAGUUCAUACGCCACUGAGGAUGAUGAAGGCAACAAUGUGACUGGACUUGAUUCUCCUGUUACCAGAGUUUGGGAAAGCAAAAAUAAAGGAAAUGCCACCUCGUCGCAUAUACAUCACCCACUUGAAUCUUCUGGUUUCCACAAAGCAAAGAAGAAUAGAAGUCAUGUGGGAAAACUGAAAGUGUCAAGAACUUCUUCAGGAAGAAAAAAGUCAAGGUCAAAGGCUCAAAAGACUCCCAUCUGGCAAGAAGUGGAGAGAUCCUCUUUCUCGGUUGGGGAUGACUUAGACAUACUCAAUACAUCUGCAAAUGAUUCAAGGACAGAUGGACUAGUUGAGGAUACUGAGGUGGAAAGUAUGUGUAGGAUAUUUAGCAGUGCCAAUGCUUCAUCUUUGUCAUUGGCAUCAACUGACUCUUCUUAUUCAUCAAAUUAUUGUGGUGCCAAUGUGCUGGAAGACUCUUAUUUGAAGUUAAGAUGUGAGGUGGUAGGAGCUAGCAUUGUGAAAAGUGGGUCUGGCAUGUUUGCUGUGUAUUCUGUUUCCGUGACUGAUGCCAAUGGUAAUAGUUGGUCCAUCAAAAGGAGGUUUCGUCAUUUUGAAGAGCUACACCGGCAUCUGAAAGAAUAUGCUCAGUACAAUCUUCAUGUGCCUCCAAAGCAUUUCCUCUCAUCAGGUUUAGAGGUUCCUGUUGUUCGAGAGAGAUGCAAGCUGCUUGACAUAUAUCUGAAGAAGCUUCUUCAAAUCCCAAUUGUUUCAAGCUGUAUAGAAGUCUGGGAUUUUCUGAGUGUUGAUUCACAGACAUACAUUUUCAUGGACUCUCUCUCAGUUAUCCAAACAUUGUCAGUCAGUUUAGAUGAAAGAUCAAAUGAGAAGAAUAGAAAAACAUUGAACUCUGCUGAACGGUUGGAUGGAAAUUUGAUGUCUGGAGGUCAAUCUUCCCAUGGACAUAAAGAUGAUUCCGUGCAUAAGGAUUGGAACUUCGCUGCCAGUGAUGGUUUGAGAUUUAGGAAAGGGAAUGUGGAAAAGAAUUUAGGAACUAGUGCUAGCAACAUAGCUGCCAAUCUUUAUCAAGAUAAUUCUGGAAGUGACCCAGAGCAGAAUGAUUACUCAUUUUCAAUAAAUUCGGGAAAUCCUAAGAAACCGCUUUCAAGUGAAACCGAUGACACAUCUCAAAUUUUGGUGUCUGAUGGAUACUCGGUAGCUCCUAAUGAUUGGAUGCCCCCAAAUCUUAGUGUCCCCUUGUUUCAUCUUGUCGAUGUGGUUUUUCAGCUUCAAGAUGGAGGCUGGAUCAGGCGGCAAGCAUUUUGGGUUGCAAAACAAAUUCUGCAAUUGGGAAUGGGAGACACUUUUGAUGACUGGCUUGUUGAGAAAAUCCAGUUACUCAGGAGAGGGAGGAUAAUUGCUUUCGCAGUUAAGCGUGUUGAACAAAUUCUCUGGCCUGAUGGAAUUUUUAUGACAAAACAUCCAAAGAGAAAAGCAGCAGCAGUUCCUCCGAAUGCUCAGAGCAAUGGCAUGACCAACUAUCUGAGUGAUGAACAACGGAUAGAGGCUGCCCAUCGUGCAAAUUUUGUCCGUGAAUUAAUAAUAGAUAAAGCACCAUCUGCACUGGUGAGUCUGGUUGGUCGGAAGGAAUACGAAAGGUGUGCUCAGGAUAUUUACUUCUUUCUUCAGUCCCCGGUUUGUUUGAAGCAGCUAGCAUUUGAACUCCUGGAGCUGCUUGUUCUAGCUGCAUUUCCAGAGUUGGAUGGCACGGUGAGCAAGUGGCAUGAAGAUAAGCAGCAGUUGUGCAGUCUUGAAUGAUCCUCGAAUGCUGAAUCAUUCAGGGAGCAGUGUUCCAAACACGUCUCGUUUUCCCAGAGCGCUGACCAAUCUCUCUGUAAAUAAGGUGAUUAUGAAAAGUUCUGCUGUUUGACGUCUCAGUUUAAAGGAGGUGACUUUGAGCAGUGUGAAUACGAUUAGUAGAGCAACGGGUAGAGAAUGGUCCAUUUUAACCCUUGGACCGUAGUAGGCUGGUUUUGUUCCCAAGAGACGACUGGUGUCAUUCCCCUCUCAAGUGUUUGGUAUACGUAAUGCAGCCUGAAAGGAAAGAGAAUGGUGCAGUAUUUUUGCCGUAGCGUAGGAGCUGUACUCUUUUCUUAGCGUCCGUAUAUAUAUUUUUUUUGGGUGAAACCGAACUUUUGUAACUGGCUGAUGAUCAAUGAAGAUACAAAGAUGAUGAAAGAAA